AUGGAGAUGAACUACGAUACCAAGGAAAUUCGCCAAAUCGAGGCAGAACUCCACACCGAGAUCCUGCCCGGCACCGAAAUCAUGGCAGACGUUGGAACGCACCACUUCGUCAAAGGCGCUCACAAGACCGUGCUCGUUCCGCAACCGUCUGACAACCCGCAUGACCCGCUCAAUUGGAGCUCGCUAUGGAAGGGCGCGUGUAUCACGUCGGCGGCUAUGGUGACGUUCAGUCAGGGCUUUGGCCCUCUGGCGCUUGCGCCCAUGUUUCCGGCGCUGAUGGAGAGCUUCAAUUGCACCCUUGCAGAGGCGGUGCAAUUCACGGGCAUAUGUAUUUUAGUUUUGGGCUUCAGUAACUUCCUUUGGGUUCCUAUUAGCACGUCUUUUGGUCGUCGCCCCGUCUACCUCUUCUCCCAGCUCAUCUGCUUCGGAACCUCCAUCUGGCGCGCCAAAGCUACCUCCUACGCAUCCUUUAUGGGUGCCUGCGUCGUCAACGGCAUUGGCGCCGGACCAGCAGAGACCAUCAUGCCUGCCGUCAUCGCCGACAUAUUCUUCUUGCACGACCGCGGCAAGUGGAACACGCUAUACUGGGUCGUCUAUAUGGGGUCUUUGAUGCUGGGCCCCAUCAUUUCAGGCGCUAUGGCGGAGAAUGUCGGGUGGAGGAGCUUCUGGUGGUUUAACACUGCACUGCUAGGGACUAGUGUUAUCAUGGUCAUAACUAUGUUCCCGGAGACUAAGUUUCAUCGUUUGCAUCCUGAUGAGUUGGAGGGCAAGGCGACGCCAGCUGAGUCGGAGGACAAGGAAGAGCAGCCUGCGACUAUCGAGAAUACGAACGCCGAAACAAACGAGGAUGCGGAGAAGAUCCAGCAAGUCCCCACAGCCGGCUCGGUACUUCCUGACGCAAAAGGUCUCACGCUCGAAGAGACCGCGGCCCGCGAUCCGUAUCUCGGAAAGGGAACGCCGGGGAAGUGGCAGUGGCGCAUCUACCAGCCCAAUGCACAUCCAUUCAAGAGCAUCCUCCUCGACCUCUGGAUCCCAUGGAAGCUCUUCGCCUUCCCGAUCGUCGAGUUCGCCAGCUUCGUCGUCUCCUGGAGCUGCAAGUCAAGCCUUCGCUGCACCGCCUUACAACUUCAAGCCUAUGCCGAUUGUGCUGACUUACCUCUCGGCUUCAUGAACUUCGCCAUCCUCGUCGGCGCCCUCAUCGGCCUCGCCACCGCCGGCCCCUUCAGCGACUGGAUCAGCGCGCGCUCCACGCGCCGCAACAACGGCAUCCGCGAGCCCGAAAUGCGCCUCCCGGCCAUGAUCCCCUACAUCAUCAUCAUGUACCUGGGUAACAUCGUCGUGGCCGUCGGCUACCAGAAGAAGUGGCCCUGGGAAGCCAUCGUCAUCAUCGGCUUCACCUGCGCCGGCAUCCAAGUCGCCGCGCUGCCCGCCAUCUCUUCCACCUACGCCGUCGACAGCUACAAACCCGUCGCGGGCAGCUUGUUCGUGAGCAUCACGGUGAACAAGAAUGUCUGGGGGUAUGGGUUUAGCAAGUUUAUCACGCCGUGGGCGGAGGAGGAUGGGUUUAUCCCCCCGAUUAUGACGAAUGCGAGUUUGAUUUUGCUGUGGUGUCUUUUUGGGGCGUUGUUUUGGUGGAAGGGGAAGACGUUUAGGCGGUGGAGUAAGAAUAGCAAGGUGCACCGGAUGUGA